AUGCGCUCCCUAACCCUCCUCACCACCCUGGCCACCACCCUCACAGCCGUCAACGCCCACUUCACAAUCAACUACCCCCCCUCCCUCGAAGGUUCCUCCAUUGACGAAUCCAAAGAAGGCAACGCCCCCUGCGGCGCCAUCGUGCCCUCGCUCUCCUCCACCGACUCCAAGAUCACCGUGACCGAUUUCCACGUCGACGGCGACUUUAUUUCCCUGCACUCGGGCCAUCCCCAGUAUAACUGGCUUUUCCGUGCCUCGGUGCAAGAAGUCGGCGAGGGUAACUGGACGCAGCUGUACCCAAUUGUCCAGCAGAGUGGACUGGGUGAUUUGUGCAGCCAGAAGGUGACGGCGCCCAAGGGGUGGGUGGGCAAGAAGGGCGUUGUGGGCGUGGUGGGUGGGUCAGGGGAUGGGACUUUGUUCCAGUGCGCAAUCGUCAACUUCGUUGAGGGAACCAACUCCAACACCCCAAGCGCAUGCACCAACAGCACCGGAGUUACGGCGGAUUAUACCAAUGAUGCUGAGCUGAGCAAGUUGGUCGGAGAGCACGUCGAAACGCCGGCUCCUUCGGGUGAUGAUGGGAAGGAGAGUGCUGGUGUCGUCGUCCGCGGAGGAGGGCUUGUCGCGCUCGGUGCGGCGGUUGUUGCUGGUGUUAUGAUGCUUUGA